CAGCCCUCCUCCCGGUGCCCGUAGUCGCGGCUGUAGCUGCGGCCGCCUCCAGAGCCGACCGGGGUCUGGGGACCGGCACCUCCUGGCGCCGUUCAGUUUCUCCUACUGCCUUCACUGAGGAUGAGUUCCUGUGUUGCUGUGCGUCCACCCCGCGGAGACCACCGGCGCAGUUUCAUCUAGCGACUGGUCACCCUCGCAAUUAUGGAUAUUUAAAAGGAUCAGACAGUGUGGAGGGGGAGUUCCCCUCCUCACUCCCCCUUGGUGCUUGACUCUAGGAAUAAUUUAUAAACUGUGGAAUUUUUUUUAAAUGAAGAACUUGUAUUUGAUAUGAACUUUAUAGUUAUUUAUAACUUUUUCUGAUUUAAGUGCCAAAAAGAUUAUACAAAGAUACAUAUAGUUUUAUACUGUUGCCACGAGAAUUUAAACUAUAAUCCUAAAGGGGUCAUUUAUUUUCUUUCUUCUUGGAAAUCAUCUUCGUGUCCUGGCUUUUUCAUUUUUAAUAAUUAGUCUUCAGUGACUAUUCUGAACAAGUAAGCAGUGUAAAAACAAUUAGGAUGAAUUCUCCCAUUCCUGACUGCACGUCAAAAUGUCAGUCUCUGAAGCAUGCUUUGGAUGUCCUUUCUGUUGUAACAAAGGGGAGUGAAAAGCAGAUUAAGGCUUUUCUCUCCAGUCAUUGUUACAAUGCUACAACUAUCAAAGAUGCCUUUGGCAGGAAUGCUCUCCACCUUGUUUCUUCCUGUGGAAAGAAAGGAGUAUUAGAUUGGCUUAUUGAGAAAGGAGUGGAUCCACUGGUAAAAGACAAAGAGUCUGGCUGGACAGCAUUGCACAGAAGCAUUUUUUAUGGACAUAUUGAUUGUGUUUGGUCUCUCUUGAAGCAUGGUGUUAGUCUGUAUAUUCAAGAUAAAGAAGGCUUGUCAGCUUUGGAUCUUCUAAUGAAGGAUAGACCAACUCAUGUAGUAUUCAAGAAUACUGAUCCUACAGAUGUCUACACUUGGGGUGAUAAUACAAAUUUUACUCUGGGUCAUGGAAGCCAGAAUAGCAAAUAUCAUCCAGAGUUGGUGGAUCUGUUCUCUAGGAGUGGCAUUUACAUCAAGCAGGUGGUGCUUUGUAAAUUUCAUUCAGUGUUUCUGUCUCAGAAAGGGCAGGUUUAUACCUGUGGUCAUGGUCCUGGAGGGCGUUUAGGCCAUGGAGAUGAACAGACUUGCUUGGUUCCCAGGCUUGUGGAAGGACUGAGUGGUCAUAAUUGUUCCCAAGUGGCAGCUGCUAAUGAUCACACUGUUGUAUUAACUGAAGAUGGAUGUGUUUAUACAUUUGGUCUAAAUAUUUUUCAUCAAUUAGGAAUUGUUCCUCCACCUUCCAGUUGUAAUGUACCCAGACAGAUGCAGGCAAAAUAUCUUAAGGGAAGGACUAUCAUUGGUGUAGCAGCAGGCAGAUUUCAUACAGUGCUGUGGACUAGAGAAGCUGUUUAUACCAUGGGACUAAAUGGUGGACAACUAGGAUGUUUACUAGAUCCCAAUGGAGAAAAGUAUGUAACUGUUCCUCGUCAAGUCUCUGCCCUUCAUCAUAAGGAUAUCACUCUGUCUUUGGUUGCUGCAAGUGAUGGAGCUACAGUCUGUGUUACUACCAGGGGAGAUAUUUACCUACUUGCAGACUAUCAGUGCAAAAAGCUGGCGUCUAAACAACUAAACUUGAAAAAGGUUCUUGUGUCUGGGGGUUGUAUGGAAUAUAAGGUUGAUCCUGAACAUUUGAAAGAAAAUGGGGGUCAAAAAAUCUGCAUUCUUGCAAUGGAUGGAGCUGGAAGGGUAUUUUGCUGGAGAUCAGUCAAUAGUUCUCUGAAGCAGUGUCGAUGGGCCUAUCCACGCCAGGUCUUCAUUUCUGAUAUUGCUUUAAAUAGAAAUGAAAUUCUGUUUGUCACACAGGAUGGGGAAGGAUUUAGAGGGAAAUGGUUUGAAGAAAAAAGAAAGAGUUCUGAAAAGAAAGACGUUUUAUCAAACCUACAUAAUCCCUCAUCAGAUGGGUCUUAUGCUUCUGAUACAAAUAGUGUGUAUGAAAGAAUUCGACUUGAGAAACUUUCUUUUGCUCAUAGAGCUGUUAGUGUCAGCACAGACCCAAGUGGAUGCAACUUUGCAAUCCUGCAGUCAGAUCCUAAAACAAGCCUUUAUGAAAUUCCAGCUGUGUGCUCAUCAUCCUUUUCUGAAGAAUUUGGCAAACUGUUGAGGGAAGCAGAUGAAAUGGACAACAUUCACGAUGUAACAUUUCAAGUUGGCAACAGAAUCUUUCCUGCACAUAAAUAUAUUUUGGCAGUGCGUUCUGACUUUUUUCAGAAAUUGUUUCUUUCAGAUGGUACCACUUCAGAAUUUUCAGAUGUUUACCAGAAAGAUGAAGAUUCUGCAGGAUGCCCUCUCUUUGUGAUAGAGAAAGUUCAUCCUGAGUUGUUUGAGUACCUUUUACAAUUCAUAUAUACAGAAACUUGUGACUUUUUAACUCAUGGCUUCAAACCACGAAUACCCUUAAACAAAAAACCAGAAGAAUAUCAGGGUACUCUGAGUUCUCAUAUGAAUAAAAUGAAUUGCCAUGAAGAUGAUAAUCAGAAGACAGCAUUUGAAGUUUAUAAAAGUAAUCAAGCUCAUAGAAUUAGUGAAAGGCAGAAGAGCAAACCUAAAUCUAAAAAAGGAAAAAGUGCCGGGGAAGAUGAUCCUGUAAGAAUGUUGCAAAAUGUUGCAAAGAAAUUUGGCCUCAGUAAUCUGAGUAGUAGGUUAGAUGAAGUCAGAUUUGAAAAUGAAAAAAUUAAUGUUAUUGCUAAGAAAACUGGUAAUAAACUGAAACUGAAUCAGAAAAAAUGUUCAUUUCUGUGUGAUGUGACCAUGAAAUCAGUGGAUGGAAAGGAAUUUCCUUGUCAUAAAUGUGUUCUUUGUGCUAGACUUGAAUAUUUUCAUAGUAUGCUGAGCAGCUCGUGGAUUGAGGCUUCCAGUUGUGCAGCUCUGGAAAUGGCAAUACAUUCUGACAUACUGAAGAUUAUUUUGGACUACCUCUAUACUGAUGAAGCUGUGGUGAUAACAGAAUGUCAAAAUGUGGAUUUUAUUUGUAGUGUUCUUGUGGUAGCUGAUCAGCUUCUUAUAACUCGAUUGAAAGAGAUUUGUGAAGUAGCAUUAACUGAAAAACUUACCCUUAAGAAUGCUGCUAUGCUUCUGGAAUUUGCGGCAUUGUAUAAUGCUGAACAAUUGAAACUGUCUUGUUUACAGUUCAUAGGACUGAAUAUGGCAGCUUUACUAGAAGCAAGGUCUCUUGAUGUUUUAAGUGAUGAUGUUUUGAAGGAUCUUUCUGUAUUUUACAGAAAAAUGAUUCCCGCAAUGGAUAGACGAAUCAUUACACCUUAUCAAGAUGGACCAGAUAUUAGCUAUUUGGAAAUAGAAGAUGGAGAUAUCUUUUUGAAUGAAGAAAUAAAUAUGGAACAAAAUUACUCGGAAAUCAUGUUUAAAAAGGCAAAAACAAAAGCUAAAAAGAAGCCACGUAAGCGUUCAGAUAGUUCUGGAGGUUAUAACCUCUCAGACAUUAUUCAGAGUCCACCAUCUACAGGAUUAUUAAAGUCUGGUAAGACCAAUUCUGUGGAAUCUCUUCCAGAACUAUUGACAUCAGACUCUGAAGGAAGCUAUGCAGGUGUGGGUAGUCCUAGAGAUUUACAGUCCCCUGAUUUCACAAGAGGAUUUCAUUCAGAUAAGAUUGAGGUGAAAGUUAAACCUUAUGUUAAUGGUACAACUAAUACAUCUUCUAGGGAAGAUUUCAAACCAUGGGAAAAAUCAUCAAUACUUAAAGUAUCUACUCCACAGCCCAUUCCCAGUAACAGAAUUGAUGUAACAAGUUCUUCCAGCUGGGUUGCUGGCUCUUUCAGUCCUGUCAGCCCUCCUGUCGUGGAUCUCAGAACCAUCAUGGAAAUAGAAGAAAGUAGACAAAAAUGUGGAGCUACACCUAAGUCAAAUUUAGGCAAAAUGGUUUCUCCUGGAGUUAAACUUUCUCAGAAGCAACGAAAAAUGAUCGCAUUGACUACCAAAGAAAAUAAUUCAGGAAUGAGUAGCAUGGAAACAGUUUUAACCACUCCUUCCAAAGUCCCCAAACCAGUGAAUGUAUGGGCAUCUUCUCUACAUUCAGCUUCAUCCAAGUCAUUCCGGGAUUUCUUACUAGAAGAAAAAAAAUCUGUUACUGGUCAUAGUUUAGGAGAUCAUGUCAAAAAAGUUUGUUUUAAAGGAACUGAAAAUUCUCAGGCUCCAAAAGUUGUAAGAUGCUCUGUUCAUGGUACUGCAGGACCAGAAGGCAACCAUAUUUCAGAUUUACCUCUUUUAGACAGUCCCAAUCCCUGGCUAUCUUCUUCAUUGACUACUUCUUCCAUGGUAGCCCCAGUCACUUUUGCAUCUAUUGUAGAAGAAGAGCUACAACAGGAAGCAGCUCUUAUCAGAAGUCGAGAGAAACCCUUGGCUUUGAUUCAGAUUGAGGAGCGUGCAAUACAAGAUUUACUAGUUUUCUAUGAGGCAUUUGGCAACCCUGAUGAGUUUGUCAUUGUUGAAAGGACACCGCAGGGACCACUGGCAGUACCUAUGUGGAAUAAGCAUGGAUGCUAAUUCACUGUGGAGUUGAGAUGCAUUUUUCAUAAUUGUGAUUGCUAUUAACAACAUAAAGAUAUGCCAUGGAAAAGAGGUCUUAAAGAUUUGGUAGCCGAUCAUUCUAGACAGAAUAAGCAAUGAUCUAAUUUCUUCACUGAUAACAGUUUAUAAUGUUUGUAUGAUUUAAAAGAAAUUCACCAUAAUUGUGAUCCUAGAAAAUCUUGUGAGAAUAUUUCAGAGUAAAAACCUACUAAGUAAAGGUUAAAUAGGAUUGUUUCUUCUGAAUUAUCUUAUAAAUGAAAUUGUGAGUGAAGUGUAAAAUUUAAGAGUGAUUCAUUAAAAUAAAUUUUUCAUUUGAGAUAAAUAA